AUGAUCAACUGGUCCCAAGGCCCUGUGCAUGCUGACCCCAUCAUUGUGGUGCUCAUGCACUGGAAGGAGGCCAACAACAAGUACAGCAUGUCUGAGCUGUCCUCUAGGCUUGUGAGGGCAUACCUGGGGAAGACUUAUAUGUAUCCUAAAGUUUCCCACUGUGCACACUAUGUGGAUGUGAUUCUUGAGCAGAAUUGCACAACCUGGGGCACAGACAGCUUGCCCUACCAGCAAGCAGAUGGGCUGAGUGAGCUUCAAGCCUGUAUCAAGGAGCUUGUGCACCAAGUCUCUGCCAACCACAGGGAAAAGUUCCAUAUCCUCACAGUGGUGGAUGUGCACUGCAAUGAGGGCAAUGGUAGGCUCUUGUAUAACAAGGGGAGCAAGUACUGCAGGUAUGGUACACCCUUGGAUAUCUGCUCAGCUGUGUUUGGAGAAACCAACCUGAAAUCCAUCUGUAAUGAUGCAGUGCUCAUGCUGCUGACCUGCAGUGGCAUGGUGCUUCAGGCAUUGCCAACUGUGCAUGCAUGCAAAGCUGGGUUCUGCAUGGUGAUUGCUUUCACAGCAAACACUUUCAAUUCCCAGUGUGUUGCAGAGAUCUGGCUGGGGCCCUUCCUAUGGGCCUUCUAUCAGGACCAUGCUCCAGGCAAGCAAGCCAUCCUCAGUGGCUACUCCAAAGAGCUUUCCCACCCUCUCUUCAGCCUGGGUAUCUUUGUUUUUGGAGGAGAAGAUGGCCAAGGCUGGUGA